AUGGUGGUAACUAGGUUCCUCCCGGUGCUAGCAAUUGCGCGAUGCAUAAUUGCGCAAGAGUAUACCUAUACCGACUAUGCACAAUACGUCAACCCAUUCAUCGGGACUGAAGGCGCUAUACCUGGUCUCGCAUAUGGCGGCGGCGAUGUGUUCGUUGGAGGCUCAGUGCCUUUCGGUAUGGUCAAGUUGGGGAUUGACACAUAUGAAGAGUGCGUCAACAUGAGCGUACUCAAUGGCGGCUACACACCUCAAGGCCAUGUUACUGGUAUUAGUUUGAUGCACCAGUCGGGUACAGGUGGCGGGCCGAAGUAUGGGUUUCCAUCACAAAUGCCUUUGACGCGUAUUGAUGGCGAUGUCAAUCUGCUGGACAAUCGGACCUAUUGGCAGGAUCGAGUUGGCGAAGACGUGGCGCAGGUUGGAUACUUUCGUACAAAACUUGAAUCUGGUGUGGGAAUCGAACUCUCAGCUUCGCGACACGCGGGACUAUACCAUUACACAUACUCUGCGUCGUCUGAGAAGCACAUACUCGUAGACCUUUCGCACUACUUGCCCCAUCUGACGCGCACGUGGGACACACAGUUCUACACAGGUGGUGAGGUUGAGAUCCAGCCUAAUUCCAGUAUCUACACCGGAUACACGUCAAUCGCAGGCGGAUGGAACAUCGGCGCGCCAGUUACCGUGUAUGUGUGUGGGGACUUUGAUAGCCCGCCUGACGAGGCACGAGCAUUCAAAGGAAAGAACACAUUUCCUGUCAGUCGGCACUUUCGGUCAUUCAACAAUGGUACGACACCUCGACCUAUGUAUUCUGGGUCAACAGCUCGGUCAGGACCGAUGAACGACCGCGUCGGUGCAGUCUUCACCUGGAGCAACGCUACUGAGAUUAAGUCGCGAGUGGGUAUUUCCUUCAUGUCCGUUGAUAAAGCAUGCGCGUACAAGAACACUGAGCUCUCUUCAUGGUCUAUCGAAGAUACCGCUCAAGCAACGCGUGACGAAUGGAACCGUGACGUCUUUUCCAAGAUCCGCGUCGAUACUUCCGAGUCAGCGAACAAAACCAGGCUAGCGUUGCUGUACUCCAGCCUGUAUUUCAUGCACCUCAUACCGAGCGAGCGUGUUGGCGAGAACCCGUUAUGGGAUUCAGAUGAACCAUACUGGGAUGACUUCUAUACCAUGUGGGAUCUCUUCCGAAACCAGGUGUCGCUAUGGCAUCUCAUUCAGCCAAGCUACUACGAGUCUAUGAUCCGAUCUCUCAUUGAUAUGUUCAAACAAGAGGGCUAUCUUCCAGAUGGCCGAUCUGGCAACUACAAUGGUUUAGUGCAGGGAGGAUCGAAUGCGGAUAACGUCCUUGCAGACGCUUACGUCAAGGGUCUGACGGGUAUGAUCAACUGGACGGAGGGAUAUGCAGCAGUUAAGAAAGAUGCCGAUGUCUUGCCAUUCUUCGAUGAGAAUCCUAUCGACUUACAAGGCUCGCUCAAGGAAGGUCGAGGAGCAUUGGAUGAUUGGAUACCACUCGGCUACGUUUCGGCUGAUCGCAACACGCGCGCAGUCUCGAAGACGGUAGAGUACUCACUCAACGACUUUGCUGUCAGCCAGAUUGCAGCUGGUGAAGCACCUGGCGAUCGCGAUCUCUAUCUCCGCAGGUCAGCGGGUUGGCAAUUAAGCUGGGAUCCUGAAUCUUCGAGUCGUAACUUCACAGGAUUUGUCAUGCCACGAUACGCAAAUGGAACUUUCCAUAAGACGUAUGACAUUACUGACUGUGGUAGUUGUAACUGGGAUGACGAAAGCUAUGAAGGCACUGCCUUUGAAUAUUCUUUUGUGAUUCCUCAUGACAUGUCGCGUGUUAUCACACUCAUGGGCGGUCCUUCACACUUUGAGACACGUCUCGACUACGUGUUCCAACCGAACACAUCCGGUGUGGAUCUUGGCGUGAAUGGACUUGGUAUAACGACCAUUAACAACAUCGCAAACGAACCCGACUUCCAAACACCCUACCUCUACAACUACCUUAAUAAGCAAUGGAAGAGUGUCGAGCGAAGCCGACAGCUUGCCAACGACUUCUACUUCAACACGACCAAUGGCAUCCCCGGAAAUAGCGAUGCAGGCGCCUUGAACUGCUGGCUUAUAUGGCAGAUGCUCGGAUUAUAUCCUGUUGUGACUACCCCCGUAUAUCUUCUCGAAAGCCCAUGGUUCUCCGACAUCAACAUCACGGUCAACCACGACAAGACGCUGAGGAUCAAAGCCGAGGGCCUGGAUGAUGGAGAUGGAAAGCAAGGGUAUUACGUCCAGGGAGUGAGUAUCAACGGGCAGGAAUGGGACAAGAAUUGGUUCGAGCACGAGGACGCUGGUGGUAUCAUGACACAGGGUGGUGAAAUUGUAUUUAGGCUUGGAGAGCAACAGAUGCUGUGGGAGUCAGGCGACGUACCGCCCAGUCCAGGACAUCAGGUGGUUGACGUUGGAGAGGGCGCGCAGUUCUCCUAG